AUGGAGCAGAGUGGAGAUACUGAUACUGAUACUGAUUAUAGUAAAUAUGAAUUAAGAGAGAGAGAAUUGGGGGGUGGAAUACUUAAAGAACACAAACAGCCAUACAGAAGAUCAUGGAAUAUCUGUGACUAAUCUUUUGGGAAUUUUAUUUCCUUCAAAUGCCAAUAAAAUUUUAAAUAGAAAAGAAAUUCUGGGCUCUCUGUUUUCUUCUUUUUAUAUAUAUAUAUACAUAUAUAUGAAAUUUUAAUUUGUAUAUAUACAUAUACAUACAUACACUGUCUUGACUAUUCAAAUUCUUGAUUUUGGUUCAAUUUUUUCAUCCCUUUGAGCUUUCUUCUACAUCACUUUCCUCACAUUGCAUUGCCUAGUCUUUUACAUCUCAGAUUUAUUUAUUAUUUUUUUAAAAAAAGACUAUGAAUUCUUCAUCUGAGGUUGCUGCUGCUGUUGAAGAACCUCCACAUGUAUUGGCGGUUGACGACAAUUUAAUCGAUCGCGUACUAGUCGAAAAAUUGCUCAAGAAUUCAUCAUGCAAAGGUUCUCCUCUUGUUGCAGUGACCACUGCAGAAAAUGCACAAAUUGCAUUGGAAUAUCUUGGAUUGGAUGAAAAGUCUAAAAGGGACAAUGCCUUGAAGGUGAAUAUGAUCAUCACAGAUUAUUGCAUGCCGGGAAUGACGGGGUAUGAGCUGCUUAAGAAAAUUAAGGAGUCGUCGGCUAUGAAGGAUGUGCCGGUUGUUGUUGUUUCGUCGGAGAAUGUACCGACCAUAAUUAACAAGUGUCUUGAAGAAGGAGCUGAGAUGUUCAUGUUGAAACCUCUCAAGUAUUCGGAUGUGAAGAAAUUGAGAUGCCAAUUGUUGUGCAAUGCUGCAGUGAAAGCAAUAUAAGAAAUCUUUUGAGAGUGAUAUAUGUUGUUAUUACUAAGCUUUUGUGUCCACAUUUUUGUAUGGAUUCAGCUGGAACUAAGAUCCGUCCCGAAUAUAUAUAUUGUUAGACUUUAGAUCCAAAUUGGAUCUGAUAUAAUCAGAUCCGGCCAA